GUUUUGGGGGUUGAAGAGGGGGAGAUGACUGUCGCAGUGAAAGAAGAGGAUGACUGUUUUGGCGUGACGGAGAUGACUGUCGCAGUGAAAGAAGAGGAUGACUGUUUUGGCGUGACGGAGAUGACUGUCGCAGUGAAAGAAGAGGAUGACUGUUUUGGCGUGACGGAGAUGACUGUCGCAGUGAAAGAAGAGGAUGACUGUUUUGGCGUGACGGAGAUGACUGUCGCAGUGAAAGAAGAGGAUGACUGUUUUGGCGUGACGGUCACAUUGGAAGAAGAGGAAGAACAGGCUGGAGAUCUAAUGAACACCGGUACAGACAGAGAGAGACCAGACUCUUACUCUGACAGCGGGAAGAGUCCUUCAGGGGAACCAGACCCAGAGAUGUCCAAACCAGCAAGACCACACCACUGCUCCCACUGUGGAAAGAGUUUUACUAAUUCACAGAACCUAAAAGAGCAUGAGAGGACACACACAGGAGAAAAUGCUUUUCAAUGCUCCCAGUGUGAAAAUAGUUUUAAAGAGUUAGAGAACCUGAAAAUACACAAGAGAACGCACUCUGAAGAAAAGCCUUAUCACUGCUCCCAAUGUGGAAUGACAUUUAGGUGGUUACAAGGCCUGAAAAGGCAUGAGAGAAUACACACAGGAGAAAAGCCCUACCGCUGUUCCCACUGUGAAAAUAGUUUUAGGUGGUUAGAAGGCCUGAAAAGGCAUGAGAGAAUACACACAGGAGAAAAUCCCUACCAAUGCUCUCACUGUGGAAGGAGUUUUACUCAGUUAGCAAGCCUGAAAUCACAUCAGAGGAUACAUACACAGGAGGAGAAGACAUACCACUGCUCUAAUUGUGGAAAGACAUUUUCCCGGGCAGAGGACCUGAAAUCACAUGAGAGAAUAGAGAGGCUGUGUUCUGACUUAUGUUUUUGACCUGAGAAUUUGUGUUUUAUGUUCAUGCCAAAUGAAAUCAUAUUGUUUAAAUGAAAUCAUUCUAAAAACAAUAGGCCUGUUUUUUCAUCUCGAGACAUGAUCAUGUCUAAAAUCAGAUUAAAUAUUUGUAGAUGUGUA